CGCUGCAGACAAUCGUACAGCUGCUGGGGGCGUCGGGGCUGCCGCUGCCGCCGCCGUCGCAGUCGCCCGGCGCCCGGGGAGCGUGGUCGGCGGAUCAUGCUGGCUCCUGCCGCAGCAGCGUGGGAUUGCCAGUGACCUGCUCCUGCGGCCCCGGCAGGGCCCGCGGCCCGGACUCGUGCUGCUCGGGCUCCUCGUCUGUCCGUCUCUGUCUGGCCGCGGGGAGGGAGGAGCAGGAUGACCGGGGUGUUUGAUAGCCUGGUGUCAGACAUGCACUCCAGCCAGAUGAGCUCCGGCACCUACCACCAGCAGCACCAGCACGGCGGCCUGCACAAGUCCCAGGAGUCCCCCACCCUGCCCGUGUCCACGGCCACCGACAGCAGCUACUACACCAACCAGCAGCAGCACGGCGCGGGCGGCGGCGGGUCGCCCUACGCGCAGAUGGGCUCGUACCAGUACCACGCCCCCGGCAUCAACCCCGUCCCCUACGCCGCCAAGGCCGGCUACGACUUGGGCUACUCGGCCACUUACGGCUCCUACGGACCCUACGGGACCCGGGCUUCCCCGGCCACCGAGUCCGCAGAGAAGGAAGACUGCGAGCCCGAGGUCAGGAUAGUGAACGGGAAGCCAAAGAAAGUGCGGAAGCCCCGGACCAUCUACUCCAGCUUCCAGCUGGCCGCUCUGCAGCGGCGCUUCCAGAAGACGCAGUACCUGGCGCUGCCCGAGAGAGCGGAGCUGGCGGCCUCCCUAGGCCUCACCCAGACGCAGGGCGGCGGCGGAGGCAGCGCGGGCUCCAGCCCCAGCAGCGGGGCGGCCGCCGCUUUCCUCGGGAACUACUCCUGGUACCACCAGGCCUCCAGCACCGCCUCCCCGGUCCUGCAGCCCGCGCAGCCUCCGCACCACCACCACCACCACAGCGCCGCGGUCGGCGCAGGGACGAUUUUCUAACCGGGCGGCGCGGCGCCCCCAGCCCGAGCGGACUGAGCCACAGCCACCGGUGCCUCGGCGGAGAGAGGCGCGGGCCGGGCCGGGGGUCCCCGGCUCCCGGCACAGAGCCGCAGCGGUCCCCGCCCCCGCUUCUCCCCCCACCGGUGAAGGACUUGGUUCCUUUUAUUUUUGUGAUUUAAAAAAACAUACAAACCACAAAGUCUCUAGGUGCCUUGGCAGACGGACGUGACCUCAUUUUGAUGUUGGGAACAAACAAAUAGAUAAUUUUUAUAAGUAGAAUGGGAAAAAAAGCAGCCGCGAAACCUCCCGGGUUUAAAUUAUCUUUUUUAUUUUAUUUUAUUUUAUUUUUUUGCAGUGCGCAGGACGGGCCGUGGGCCCCGCUUGUAAAUAAAGUUGUUUGUGCGGA